AUGGCCACCGCAGUUGGAAAUCGUCUACUUCCCCAUGUUGUGGACAAUGACGCCGAAACCAACCCUAAUGGCACCUUCGGUCUGAUACUAAAAGACAACAACAUUCCAAAUCAAUGGAUACCACUCACCAAAAGACAACUAGCCCAAGCAGUGAACCAUGUUGCCUGGUGGUUCGAGCAGACAGUUACUGAGCACUGCGACACGACGACAGUUGCUUACAUGGGCCCAAACGAUAUCCGCUACGUGAUAUGUGCUAUUGCUCUCGCAAAAGUGGGCUAUAAGGUUAAUAGCCAGCACACAUUCCUCCCAUCCACACGCAACUCCGCCGAAGCAAAUGCGCAUCUCCUCCGUGCUGUCGGUUGUAAAUGUCUUCUAUGGGGUGGUCAAUCUCAAUCAGCACACGGACAAGCCCUCGUACCGGAUUUACAAGUCUGGAGAUUUCCGUCCCUUGAUGAUCUUUUGACUAGUAGCGUUUCCCACUACCCGUACCACAAAACAUAUCAAGAAGCUGAAGAUGAAACCUUCGUGAUCUUGCACUCCUCCGGGACAACAGGAAACCCGAAACCCGUCCCAUUGACACAUGGAUAUCUCUCCGUGUUGGACAGAGGCACACCACCCGGUACACCCUCGGACUGUAUAUGUGGACUAUGGAACUGCGUAGAAAAAGGAGACUCAAUGUUCGGAAUGAGUCCUCUCUUCCAUAUAGCCGGGUUUACCACAAUCAUAGACGCCAUUUUCCAUGGCCACCAGAUAAUCCACUACUCCUCCAAGCCGGACAUCGAUUCCGUACUCGACGCACUAUCGACACUUCGUCCACGAGGCGCAGUCAUCCCACCAUCUCUACUACAAGACAUGAGCAGGACACCACAGGCACUCAAGGCGCUCUCAAAGAUCGAGUACGUGAUCUUUGCCGGCGGGCCACUUUCCGCCGAGGCCGGUGAUACAAUCUCUAAAUAUUGCAAGCUGAUCCCUUGCAUCGGAUCCACGGAGUUGGGACACAUCCCGCCGACAAAAUCGAAGGCGACACCUGAGGACUGGAAAUAUUACCAAUGGCCCUAUUACCCAGAUAUACAUAUGGAGCUACACGAGGAGGGUUUAUAUGAGAUGGUCAUUCGUCGAUCACCGGAUAGCCGUCUGCUUCAUGGGGUCUUUCAUGUUUUCCCCGAGCUGCAGGAAUGGAGGACCAAGGAUCUGUUUUCGAAACAUCCCACGGAAGGUGGAUUGUGGCGGUUUGAAAGCAGAACAGAUGAUAUAAUCGUCCUUGGGAAUGGAGAAAAGGUUAAUCCUAUUGAGAUGGAGGCGGCCAUCGAAGGUCAUGAUCUCGUGCGUAACGCUAUGAUCGCUGGCCGGGGGAUGACUGAAUGUGUGCUUUUAGUGGAACCGGACUGGGACAAGUUUGGGGACCGGGACCUGGAUGAUGGUUUUAUCGAUGAGAUCUGGGAUAGUGUUGAGGCUGCGAAUAAGCAGGGGCCGGGGUAUGCUUACAUUGAGAAGGAUAGAAUUGGAAUAGCGAGCCGUGAGAAACCGUUUCAAAUGAAUGCUAAAGGGACACUGAGACGUGCGUUGGUCUGCAAGGACUAUGAAUCUGAGAUAUCGGCCUUGGGGGAUGAUGACCCUCUGAACCCAGUGGGAUCUUCGAGUGAUGCCUUUCAGGGUGAUGAUGUGCAGACUUUCAUACGGCAGGUAGUGUCUUCUGUUUCCCCGAAUCUCGAACUCGAGGAAGACACGGACUUCUUUGCGACUGGGUUGGACUCACUGCAGGUGAUUCGAAUGGCUCGGAUCGUUACCCGGGGCAUCAGUAUGGGUUCGAAAGAGAGUCGUGGGAUACAUAUUGAUCCCCAAGUAAUUUACAGAUACUGCACUAUCAAGAGCCUUAGCGCAUAUCUGUCGAAUGCUAUAGAAGGAAACGUCAGUAACGGUGAAGCAGAAGACAAAGUCGAAGACGUGCAAGCGACGUUGAAACAUAUCACGAACAAAUACACUGCCUCACUUCCAAAGAUAGAGCACAAAGCUCUACAGGUUCCUUCUCAGUUCAAUAUUAUACUCACAGGAUCAACCGGCUCACUCGGAAGCUAUCUCCUUGACGUACUAUUAUCAGAACCUUCGAUUAAGAAAGUCUACUGCCUAAACAGAUCAUCCGACGCCUUCGAAAGACAGAGGUCCUCAUUCCACGACAGACAACUAAAUGUGAAAGCAUUAUUAUCACCCAAAGCCGAAUUUCUCACAACAAACCUCGAUGAUAAAACCCUAGGCUUAUCCCAAAGCAAAUACGCCGAACUCCUGAAUAAAACAGACGCCAUCGUGCACAACGCCUGGAAAGUAGACUUCAAUUUAUCCGUACACUCAUUCGAGAAAGAUAACAUACGCGGCACGCGGAACCUACUGGACCUAUGCAUAUCCAGCCGAAAAACAGUGCAUAUGUACUUUGUGUCCUCAAUUGCCACGACAUCCGGCUGGGAUCCAUCGAGGGGAAAGAUCCCAGAGGAUAUUCUACCUAAUACGGUCGAGCCUCCGUUACAAGGGUAUGGCCAAUCGAAGUACGUAGCCGAGAAUAUCUGUUUGGCUGCAUCUACUCGUUCUGGUGUUCCGGUAACUAUCUUGCGAGUCGGGCAAGUUGCGGGACCAACAACAAAGUCUGGGGGAUAUUGGAAUCCGGACGAGUGGUUUCCUUCUUUGGUCUUUACCUCGAAGUCGAUGGGUUCUAUACCUGAGUCGUUGGGUAUGCCGGUUGAGUGGAUUCCUGUUGUGCAGAAUACACUGGCCCAGGUCGUUCUAGAAAUCAUUCAAUGCGGUCAAGAUGGCUACACUUUUACCAACAAUUCAGAGGCGCAUCGGAGCAAAUCCCGUUAG